GUGAGCACGCUGCCCCCUGGAAAACGGAAAUGUUCAGUGUGCACAGAGUAGCUUGCAUAUUUCACUCUGACAUCUCAGUACCAUGUUUUUCAACAUGGUAGUGGUUAGGAGGAUUGGAUUGAUUGUUCUCAGAACAGGGAGAAUUGAUGCAAAGAUCACUGGCAUCCUUAUUGAAGUGGCUGUCGCAUGAAUUCUUUGGAGAUCUCUGGAGGAAAGAGAAAGAAACUGAAACGGAAUGAAUUAAUCAAGCCAGACCUAUCACUACUUCCUCAGGAGACCCUCUUGAUCUGAUUAAGGAGUUCAUCAGCACUGGAGAAAACAAUAAGGUUUUGGGACCAGAGCCUGUUCAACCCAUUUUAGGUGCUUGCUCUGCCUGUUUCUCACUUAGCUUUCAACACAUAUCUGAAAAUGUCCCAGAAAACUAAUUGUCCAAGUUAAUCAUCGUGGAAAGUGGGUGACCCAUUGUACACAAAUGCGAACCUUUCUUCUGCGUGAGCCAAAAAAGAAAAGCAGCCUGCCAAACACCUGUAAAAAGAUGGCUAUCAUCAUAUGGGAAUUUGAGGAUCUGUUAUAUGGCACAGUCAUGAUCCAAAUGGGAAAAAAAACAACUGUCAUGAUGUCCUAGGAGGCUUUACAAUAAACAACAGAAGAAAAUUAUAACGGUUUUCCAUCUGUGCUUGCAAACUAGACUUCCAUGUAGUUACUCCAGAUAAAUCCAAGGAAAUUGUGCAGAUAAUUCUUUGAAAAGUCCCCAAAUCAUACAUAGAGGCUAACAUAUGUGGCAAAAAGAAAAUUAUUUUAUGCUGUUUCUUCAACCCAUUUACAAUCCAUAUUUUAGAAAGAACAGGAUUUAAUCAAUUGUGAAUUUAGGUUUUAAAUCACCAUCAAACAAAACAGUUUCUCCAGAAAGAAUCAUGCUUGCUAAUGACACAUGUAACAGGACAAAUGGAGACAACACAGAUUUUCGGUACUUCAUCUAUGCAGUGACAUACACUGUCAUUCUUGUGCCAGGUCUUAUAGGGAACAUAUUAGCCUUGUGGGUAUUUUAUGGUUAUAUGAAAGAAACAAAACGGGCUGUAAUAUUUAUGAUAAACUUAGCCAUUGCUGACCUAUUACAAGUUCUUUCCCUACCACUGAGGAUAUUUUAUUACUUGAACCAUGACUGGCCAUUUGGACCUGGCCUCUGUAUGUUCUGUUUCUACCUAAAGUAUGUCAAUAUGUAUGCGAGCAUCUACUUCUUGGUUUGCAUCAGUGUGCGAAGAUUUUGGUUUCUCAUGUACCCAUUUCGCUUUAAUGACUGCAAACAGAAAUAUGACUUAUAUAUCAGUAUUGCUGGCUGGCUGAUCAUCUGCCUUGCCUGUCUACUAUUCCCACUCCUCAGAACCAGUGAUGACACCCCAGGCAACAGAACCAAAUGUUUCGUGGACCUUCCUACCAGGAAUGUCAAUCUGGCCCAGUCUGUUGCCAUGAUGACUGUUGGAGAAUUGGUUGGGUUUAUUACUCCUCUUCUGAUUGUCCUGUAUUGUUCCUGGAAGACAGCUUUAUCACUGCAAGAUAAGUAUCCUGUUGCUCAAGACCUUGGAGAGAAAAAGAAAGCCUUGAAGAUGAUUCUAACUUGUGCAGGGGUAUUUCUAAUUUGCUUUGCACCUUAUCACUUCAGUUUUCCUUUAGAUUUCCUGGUCAAGUCCAAUGAAAUUAAAAGCUGCCUAGCCAGAAGAGUGAUUUUAAUUUUUCAUUCUGUGGCUUUGUGUCUUGCUAGUCUAAAUUCCUGCCUUGACCCAGUCAUAUACUAUUUCACCACUAAUGAGUUCAGAAGACGUCUUUCAAGACAAGAUUUACAUGAUAGCAUCCAACUCCAUACAAAAUCCUUUGUGAGUAACCAUACCAAUUCUACCAUAGCAACUGAAUUAUGCUAAAUAACAAAUGGAAUGAGGCCUGGAGAGCAAGUACAUCAGAAUACAUUUGCAAUUCCCCAAGCUACAGGGAAGUACUCACAGGAAGCAUUCAUAACUUUUCAGUUGUAUUCUCUUACCUGUAUGGGGAAUUCACAUUUUCAUGGUAGUAACUAUUUGCAGCAUUACGUUCCACAAUCAUUGAUGUUGACCUGUCCAUGUAGUAAUUUCUCAUCAGGUCUUUUAAGACUGAAACUAAACUAUAAAAUUUUAAUGACAUUCUGUACAUAUAUGCUCUCAUCUAGAGUCAAUGACUUUAUCUGUGAACCUAAGUUGCAAUGAGAUUACUAGCUUGGGGCUACCUUAAACACCUGAGAUUAUUACUACAAAUAUUGAGUCUCUAUAUUCAGAGGAAGUGCAGUUAUCUAUUUAUAAUAGUAAUCACAUUUUACAUUCCAACAACAUAAUUUUGGUUGUAUUUUAAAUAGGGUGGAUAUAUUACUCUGUGUAAACAAAAUUUUAUAAACAUUGACUCGCUUUUAUCUUCCAUGUGUGUGAUUGGAUUCCAAGGUUUAAAGACACAAAUAGCUAUUUUCUUCAUUCAAUGUCAACUUGAAACAUCAUUUGUUACAUCUCUUCAGUGAAUCAAAAUCUGAACUCAGGACUCUGGUAUGUUUUAACUAAUAACAACCACAUCUACAUAAAAUAACUCUUUGUGAUUGUAUAUGAUGCCACCUUGAAUCUAUCCAGGGCAGAUAGUUUGCCAAAGACAAUCCAAGGUGACCCAAAUGACCUAUAGGCCCAGGAGAAAGCAGAAAGGAACUAAUCACAGUUCCGUCUCUCAAACUAUUUCCAAUGAACAUCUCUGGAAAUGUAUGAAGAUGCACAAUAGAGGGAAUCUUCAUCAUGUUUCUAGAGUUACAUUGAGGUAACUCUGAUAGUUAACUGCACUUACUGAUCAUAUGGAAGAAAUAGGGCACUAAUUAAUCACUAAGUUUAGGCUAGAAUGGAAAGAUGAAACAAAGUUAACUAUGCCUCUUAAAAACAUCAUCACAUUAUGUUUUUUAUUCCAGGCUAGGUGUUAUCUGUAAAUCCAUCUACACAAGCCAGAGUAGAGUUUGGAGGCAGUCAUGUGGAUCAUUUUUCUUGUUCAGCUUUGCCCCAGCCAUAUCAAUCUGAAAGCCUGCACAGCUCACAUCCCAGCAAAUGGGGAAGGCAAUUCUUUCAUCUGUUGAAAAAAGUGUGGAAGAUAAUUUUGGCAUCUUUGGACACACCUUACAAUUGCUUUGUCUGUUACCUGUUUGGUACUAUUAUGGAGGACAAACCUAGGAUAUGAGUAGUAAUUAAACCUGAGGUCAUAAAUAUUAGCAUGUUUUACAACAUGAUUUAGCAAAAAGCUCUAACUUUAAAAAAAUGUUCUAUCUAAAAUUGGUGUCCUGUAAUGAAGACACAUUCUACUUUUCAUCAAGAAAGGAUGCAGAAUCCAAGCAAUGGUUUUAACAUAUAUAGAGGAAGGUUUAGUUUUAGGCACAUAGUUAUGAUACUAAUAUGUUUAUGGGAAAAGCUGGUGAAAUCGAAAUGAAUUCUAAAAGCUAAGAUUAACAGGACAUUUUAUAAAGUUUUCCUCUGGGCAAUUGUUUAUUUGACUUGUACUUUGAUAUAAAAAUAAUACCAUAUUAGAAAGAUGACUCUGUGCUGCUAGUAAUAGUGUAUCUGUGUAUCUUCUAAUAAUUCAUCAUAAGGUACAUGUUUUGAUGUAUUAAAUGAGUGUUAAAAUUUAAGAAGAGUAACUGUAACUGGUGUAUGUUUGCUUCAAAGUGAUUUGUGUUUGAGUAUAAUUUAAUGUUGUAAUAAGAUUCCAAGUAAUCAUUAUGUGGAAUUGUGAAACAACUGUAGGUACUUGUGAUGGGAGGAUUCUGUCUAAAUUCUGUGCUUACUAUUUCCUAGAUUUACAUGAAUUACACUUCUUAGGAUCACAUGGGGAUACUAUUGAUUUAAUUUUAUUAACAUUGAUUUCAUUUUAAACAUUUUCUCUUGAAGGGGAGAAGAAACAUUUCUAGGAGUUUAUUGACAUUCUUGGAGGUUUGAUUGAAGGCAGAAUCCAUUUGUUAGGCAGCCCAUUUAUAUCAUUAAAUAGAAGACAAGUGCCCAGUGUUCUUAGGUUACUUAAUGAAGACCACCUCUUCUAUAAGGCCUACUCAUCUAGGUUUGCAUCAGUUCUCUGAUUUCCUUUGUUCACCCCACACAUACAUACACACCUCAUCAAUACAUUUUAUCUUCUGCCCCAUUCCCAUGCUCUUCUAGGCAAUAAUCUGAUCAACUCAUUCAUACUAUGGUGCUAAUGACUAAUGUUAGCUUAAUAUUUGUCCAUGGAUAUAAGAAUUCCAGACUGUAUGACUAGGCAUUAUUAUAAAGUGGUGAAUUUCAGUGGAGGGAUUGCAAACACUGAAGCAGACAGACUGGAAUGAAAGUGGGUCGUAUAGCAGUGCUUUUCAGAUUACAUAUAGUAAGUGACCAACUACAUUGCUGACCAUUAGGGGGCUGCUAAAUUCUAAGAAACAUAUUCAUAAAUGUGGCUAUCAGUUUCUCAGAUCUCUGUUUUUUUUUCUUUUUGCCUCGUUCCCUCCCAACUGUGGACCCAAUUUCCAGGGGAAAAUCCAAACUAGGAAAGAAGUCUUGAUGUGGCUAUUAUGCAGGUAGUUGUCUCCUCCUGGAGAAUCCCCAUUCUUUGGAGAAUCUUCCCUUCAGUUCUCUCACUUAGCUCUCUGGAUUUUAUGUAAUGGGGGUACAAAUAGUAAACACUCACCUAUGGUAACAUACAAUUCAAGGUAAAUGGUCUCACAUUUCCUAUGUAAAAUUGUUUAAAGUAUAAUUUCAAAAUGCAAGCAUAAUGAUUCCAAUACUUUUCAAUAUGAAGUGAUUUUAAUGUUAUUACUAUUGUCUUUAUUGUUAUUGUUAUUAUUAUACUCAAAUGGGUUAUGUGUUUUCAUUGUCCCUCAUUAAGCAGAAAAUUCCUUCAAUGGGCAAUUCCAUGAAGAAGAGCCAUCUGCCCCAGGAACAACAGACCAGACCCUCUUGGCCUGAAAGGGUGCAUUGGUGGACUCUUGUGCAACCUAAUUUUUAUCUCACUUUUUGUUUUGACUCCCAAGAUACUGUGAAAUGUUGCACUUGGAGUUUAUUUGCAGCUAUAAUUUAUAAUACACCUUUUAAUAAUAAAGAUUGUUUAUGUGGUUAUA